CUGGUAACAUUGGCAAUUGAUAAAAUCGUAUCGUGGUAGUGGUGUGUCUUAUCGUUUGUUUCAACAAAAAUAAUAAAUUUGGCGGUAAACUUUUAUAAUUAGAGCAGAGGAUAAAGUGAUUUCAAAAUGGCUAUCGGAACGGGAAUGUCGUGUGUGAAAUACCUGUUGUUUAUUUUCAAUCUUUUAUUUGCCAUAACAGGAUUGAUAAUCCUGAUUGUGGGUGCAAAAUCAGAGAUCAAUGCACACCCAUACGUCAGUCUAACGGAUGAGAGUUUCUACACAUCGGCUCCGGUAAUUCUGAUCAUCGUUGGCCUGAUUGUGUUUGUUGUCGCCUUCUUCGGAUGCUGCGGUGCCGUCAAGGAAAAUCAUUGCAUGAUUGUCACGUUUUCAGUGUUCCUUCUGAUGAUAUUCAUCGCGGAGCUGGCGGUCGGUAUCGCGGGCUACGUGAAGCAUACAGAUCUCGAAAACUCUAUUGUGCGUACUCUUAACGAGUCGAUCAAGCACUACACCACGGACCCAGAAAUCCAGAAGAACUACGACAUCAUCCAGACUGACCUCCAAUGCUGCGGUAUCUACGGUGUUAACGACUGGGCAGCCAAUGGCGAGCCAAUCCCUACCACUUGUUGUGCGGGUCGCGAAAUCCUCGACAACAAGCCCACUAAUUGCACCGUGGACUCACCCAGCAUCCACAAAAAUGGCUGCCUCGACCUCAUUCUCAGCCAUAUGAAGGAACUAGCUCUCGUACUAGGUGGAGUUGGUAUUGGAAUUGCUUUUGUGCAGUUGCUCGGAGUGAUAUUCGCCUGCUGUCUCGCUCGCUCUAUUCGCAGUCAGUACGAGACCGUCUAAAACCUUCAAAUUUCGUCUGUUUCAUAGCCGUUACAUAAUAGUAUAUUAUAUAUAAAUUGAUCUGUAUAUCUCUUGUGAUUAAGUGAAAGUCGGAUAUCGUCAUAUUUUGUUACUUUUUUAUAGGUUUAAUUUUAUAAUUAUUUUUUAUGUAACAUCACAUAUGUACUUCAAUAUGUACCGUGACUUACAUUAUAUCAUUCUUGUCGUCAGUUUAAAAGCGUGAAGGAGGCACAAACACACACUAUGUGCUCAGGAUAGAAGACUGAUUUUCGAAUAGUAAAGUUUCAAACGCCAAAUCAAUUUCAUCACAUGCUCUUUUCGUAUACUUAUUAAAAAUUUUGAAUCUUAAGAUUUAGAAUUUAGAAAUUGUAUUUUUACUAUUUCUUCUUCUUCUACGUAGAAUGAUGCACGUUUGUAUUGGCGUUCUAUGAUAUGCAAAAUAUGUAUGGGGUUGUCGUGUAUUAUUUUGCAUUUCAUGAAUCUAUUUGUGAAGCAAAGCAUAUAUUAAAAGUGUUUCUUAGUAUUUAUAAAUAAAUCAGUAUAUAGUGGUAA